AUGGCUGCCAAUACUCUUUCUGAUUGUGAUCAAAUAUUUUCAGAGUUUACAGAGGACAUCAUCCAAGAAAUUUUGUCUCGUGUAACUUUGAAACAAAGGCCAAAUGUUUCUCUUGUUUCCAAAAAAUGGCUUCAAAUGAUAGAAUCAUUAGACGACGAUCUCAGUUUAGUGCAAACAAAAUCUGAAAAGAUAACUUGUGGAUACUGUGGCUUCUCUCAUAUAUACCCUUAUGAAUCUUGUGUAUGCUCCGACACAGAUCUCUAUCAUGUCGAUCCAGUUAUUAAACUUGCUUCAGACAAAAUCAGUUUCAAAGAGUUAUAUUUGUCCGUACCACCUAAUUUUAGGUAUUGUGCGUCUCUCGGAAUUUUAGAUUCCAGAUUUUUAACCGUUCUCCAUAUAAAAGGAAAUUGCAACAUGAAUCUUAUUCGAGAAUUUAAUGUAAUGCCUUCAUUGAAGGAGUUGUAUUUUCAUUCUGUUUGCAUUUUUUCGCGCACCUUCUCUAGUUUUGCACCCAAAUGUCCUCUCCUCGUUGAGUUAACUUUGAUAAAUUGUGACAACCUUGUUGAGUUCACAGUCCCCCAUCUCAAUUAUCUAGAAAAGGUUCAUGUUAAUAGUAGCAAAAAAAUUAAAAAACUUGAAGUAAAAGCUCAAAAUCUCCUCGAGUUUCACUUGUAUUGUCCAACCUUUACCAAACUUGAUUUGUUCGCGUCUACUAAACUACAAGUCCUCCAUAUAGAUUCUAUAAAUGUUCCCGACUCGUUUCCUCGUGAUUUUUUCUCAACAUUCCCAUUUCUAAAAUCCUUAUGUCUUAUAUUAUGUGGAGGAUUGAAAAAAAUCAAGAUUGUGAGUCCUCAAUUGGAGUGUUUGACAUUGAAUAACACCAUUGACUUGCGCGAAGCAUUUAUAGCUACUCCUAAUUUACAAUUGUUCAAUGUUCUAUAUAGCUUUAACUUCCAAACUCCGCGUCCCAUAAUGGGAUCAAGGCAAAUGGAAAUUGAGAUGGAUGCUUGUGCAACCAAUAACUUGCUUGAGUUGAGAACUUUCGCUGAAAAUUUGGGUGAAAAUAUCACGUUGUCCUUAGAAACUAACACAGCUCGAGCAAAGGAAGAAGUAACAUUUCAAAGCAGCCUUCAACCACUUUGUAUCAAGCGCAUAGAUUUGGUGAUACAAUAUUCAUUCAAACCGAGAUAUGAAUCAUUUCUUGCUGAAUUUUUUGCUUACUUCCAUCCGCGGAGCUUGGUGGUGACAGUGAAGGCAGAUGCCCGAAAACAUGACUUUAUACGGGUCCUAAUGAAUGAGCUGGAAGGUUGGAACAAAGACGGUACCAAACGUUACAAACGUAGUGAGUACAUGUCUUGGCACAAAGCAUUGAAAAGCUUUACAAUCCUUGGAUCAACUGCAUUUGCACUACAUGAAAGGGAAUCCCGAUGUGUUAAUCCCACACUAUGUGCAGGGUUAGGGGAAGGGUCGAGCCAUAAGGGGCUAUUACUAGACUUACCCAACAUUUCUACAAUUACAAGACAAGAAAGGGAAGCCCGAUGUGAUAAUCCCACAAUAUGUGCGGGGUCUGAGGAAGGAAGGGAACAACAGUGCUUAUUGUCCAUAGUCUUACCCAACCUUUCUACAGUUACAAGAGAAGGCGCUCAUCAGAUUAACUUGGAGUUUGAGUGGUAA